ACAGUUUCACUUACAAUUAAUUACCUCAAACAUCAACAGAAGAUGUGUUUUCAAAACCUCUGAGUCGCAGCCUGAAUUGAAAACAUUGGCCAUUGGCGAGAGGAACUAACAGCAUGUUUUCACGCAGGUGGAGGUUCGGUUGGGACGGGGUCAGCGAUGUGGACCUGUUCACUGACCGCCAUGAGGCAAACGCAGAGACUCUCUCUCAGGCCAUCAGAGCUGCAGCAUCUCAGGAGCCGGAUGCAGAUGGCAGCGUACUGUUUGGCCACCUGAGGGGCACAGUGGUCGGCCUCAGAUAUUACACGGGGGUGGUCAACCGUGGGGAGAUGGUCGGUUUAGUACGGGAGCCCAAUAAUCCGUACGACCGCAACGCUGUGAUGGUUGCAAAUGUCUACGGCAACCAGGUGGGCCACAUCAAGAAGGAGCUGGCGGCAUGUAUGGCCCAUGUGAUGGACAACAAUUUGGCAAAAGUGGAAGGGAUUGUGCCAUCGGGAACGAAUAACCAAUUCACCAUGCCAGUCAUGCUGUCUUUUUGGGGGACAGAAGAGAACAAAGCGGCAGUUACAGAGCACAUGCUACGUCGAGGAUAUAAAUUGAACUCGGAUGGAAGCGGACAGACAGGCAAAAGUCUGAAAUCACAAGGUAGUACUGGUGCACGUGCAUUUUCAUCUAAAAAAGGUGUGACCAUUCCACUAACUGCAGAGGAGCUAAAGAAUGCAUUUGAUAACCUGUUUGAAGGUUUGAUGGAAAGCAAAGAUGGGGAGAAAGAUGCUGCUGAGUCUGUGGCCACUCCCCUUCUGCCUCACCAGAAGCAAGCGCUGUCCUGGAUGUGCAAUCGAGAAAACAAAUCUGUGCUCCCACCAUUUUGGGAGAAGAGAGGAGAGUUGUACUACAACAGCCUCACAUGUUUUUCUUCCAAAGAAAUACCAGAGAGAGUUCGUGGGGGGAUACUGGCCGAUGAUAUGGGACUGGGUAAAACGCUGACUACAAUUGCUCUGAUCCUGACCAACUUUCACAAAGGAAAGCCUCUGCCUUUGCAGAAAUGUGAUGAGCAGUUUUCACCCGCCAAAGCUAAACUUACACCUCAAAAGGCCAACAAAACAGAGGGAAGCAGCAGUAGAGGAGAUGGGGCGGCUGUUGAAGAUGCAGCCAGUUGUUCUGAAAGCUCAAAUCUAAGCAAGGAGGGUUUGAUCUGUCCUGAUCCAGCAGAUGUGAUGGAGCAAGCCGAAGAAGCGCUCAAAAGUACAAAAAUGGGGAAGAAGAAACCCACCAAGCGAAAGCCCAGUAAAGAGGGUCCAGUAUUGUUUGAGGAUCUGGAUUUUGCUGCCGCACUGGGCAGCUCCACAUCAGACAUAGGUAAAAAAAAGAAGAAGAAAACACCUGAGAAUACCAAUGUCACACAGGGGGAGGAAUUCUUCAUCACUGAAAACACAGAUGACUUAUCAGCAAGAGCAACUCUCAUCAUCUGUCCACUGUCUGUGCUCAGCAACUGGCUGGAUCAGUUUGAGCAGCACGUGCAUGCCAAUGUGAAGCCAAACAUCUAUCUGUACUACGGCCCAGAUCGCAACAGAAGCAAAAAGUUUCUGUCCUCUCAGGAUGUGGUGAUCACCACGUACAACGUCCUCUCUGCAGACUUUGGGAAUAAGAGUCCUUUGCAUGGGAUCAACUGGCUGAGGGUGGUGCUGGAUGAAGGACAUGUCAUAAGAAACCCAAAUGCGCAGAUGAGUAAGGCCGUGCUUGAACUAAAAACUCAGAGGCGCUGGAUUCUUUCAGGUACUCCUAUCCAGAACAGUGUGAAGGAUUUGUGGAUGCUACUGGCAUUUCUGCGUCUGAAGCCUUUCGAUGUGAGAGAAUGGUGGAACAGAGUGAUCCAGAGACCUGUCACACUUGGAGAUAGGGCUGGCUUGCAAAACCUUCAAAACUUGGUGAGGUGCAUCACCCUGAGACGGACCAAGAGCAGCGAGGUGAACGGACGCCUUCUGGUGUCGCUGCCUGAAAAGACGGUCUACGUGGAGCAAGUGGAGCUCAGUCAGCAAGAGAGGGAGGAGUACGAACUGGCACGCAACGAAGGGAGGAACACUAUUGGCAGAUAUGUUGCUGAAGGGACCAUCUUGAGGAAUUAUGCUGAUGUGCUGGCCAUUCUGAUGAGGCUCCGGCAGCACUGCUGCCACCCCGGUCUGCUGCCAAAGGCAUCUUCCGAUUUGGGCGCUGCAGCAACACCGGCUGAGCUGCGCGAGCGUCUGAUAGAAAAGCUGCGGCUGGUGCUGGCCAGCGGCUCUGAUGAAGAGUGCUCAGUGUGUCUGGACUCAGUCCGCCUGCCCGUCAUCACACACUGCGCACAUGUUUACUGCCGGCCCUGCAUAGCCCAAGUCAUCAGCACAGAGCAGGCAAAGUCACGGUGUCCUCUCUGUCGAGCGGAGAUUAAAACCGGCGAGCUGGUGGAGUUUCCGCAGGAGGAGCUGGAAGAGGAGAACGCUACGAAUACUGAAAGGUGGAGGACAAGCUCAAAGGUUCAGGCGCUGAUGGGGAACCUGCUCAGGCUGCGGUCGGACGAUAGCACCAUCAAGUGUCUGAUCGUCUCCCAGUUCACACGCUUCCUCACCAUCCUGGAGACCCCACUCAGGGAACACGGUUUCAGUUUUGUGCGUCUGGAUGGUACGAUGAGCCAAAAGAAGAGGACCCAAGUCAUCCAGGAGUUUCAGAGCUCCGCAGUAGACGGCCCAACCAUCAUGCUCCUGUCACUCAAAGCCGGGGGGGUGGGCCUUAACUUGACCGCUGCCUCUCACGUGUUUCUCAUGGACCCUGCAUGGAACCCAGCUACAGAGGAGCAAUGCAUCGACCGCUGCCACCGCUUGGGCCAGAAGAAGAAAGUUGUUGUCACCAAGUUCAUUGUGAAGAACUCAGUGGAGGAGAACAUGGUAAAGAUCCAGAGGCGGAAGCAGGACCUGGUGGAGAAAGCCUUCGGCUCCACAAACACAGACAGAAAAACAACUCGGAUCGACGAUAUCAGAGCUCUGAUGGAGCUGUAGACGUCCAAUAGUUGAUAUAAAAUUAUGAUUCCGAAUCCUUUUUCGUGAUGCACAACUUAACAUUUUGUAUUUGUUCAGCUGCAAUGUAAUGCCAGUCGUGGCGUUACACAACAGCUUUUCAAAGCGGGAAAUUCUAUUUGUAACAAUGUUCUUGGUUGUAUUUUUCACUCUGAAUUAAAGAAAUGCAGGAAGGUAAUUCUCAAAUUGUGUUUUUGA